CAGGAGGUGCAUCAGUACAUUACCAUCUUCUGUCUCCAAGAGCAGCAGGACUAUUCAAUGGAGCAGUUUCCAUGUCAGGUUCUGCACUCUGUUGGUGGGCAAACCUACCCAACCAACGAAGAACCACCGUAAGCCUAGCUGAAGCGGUCAACUGUCCUAUUGAUAGCUCUGCUAAGCUACUGGAAUGCCUACGCUCUAAACCAGCAGUAGAAAUUAUGAAAGCUCAAAACCAACUUUACGCUUGGCGCCCAGGAAAGAUGGAGACAGAACCAAUGAAUAUUUGGUCUCCUAGACCUGACCCUGAGGCCGGGGAAGACGCCAUUCUUCCUGUACAGCCCACUCUUGCCAUGGAGGUUGGUCAAAUUCAUCCUGUUCCAUUUCUGGUUGGUAUAGCUGAGAGCGAGGGUAUAUGGAGAGCUGCCAACUAUCUUACUCAGGUCACAACGUGUAUAUGUUUUCUAUAUAAUACAGCUCUUCCCUCAUAUGUUCUUCUAUCCAAAUUCAAUUUAAAAAAAAUUUUCUUUCAAAAAUAAUUUUUUUUCAUAAAU